AUGCGGGAUUUGAAGAGACGCUUGCAAAGGGGAGGUUGGGAUACACUUGACGACAUCACGAUGGUAUCGCCCAGUGGAUUAUACGUCUUUACCGGAAUACCCGUCUGGUCCAUAUUGGAGAUUUUUGAAGCAGGCGCGAAAGGAUUAAGGCAAUUUCAUGAGGAAAAGAAGGAGCAGAUAGACGAGUAUCAAUGCUUACUGAGAGAAGGUCGCAAUAGAAAUCUUGUAAAGGAAUCACAGACGGCCUGCAAGUCUGAGGGCUUCCCCUCGUCCUCGAAGUUCGGCGUGCGUUUACUAGGAGAUGUUCAACAUAACUUGACUUGGAUAGCAGGAAUCAAUGAAUACGCCAGAACUUUGCUAGGAAAUCAUUUAACGUCCAGGUUGAAGCUCAGAGGACUGUUUCAAGUUGGACUCCAAUUCGCUGAGCUCAAAGGCAAGGCUUGCUUGUAUUGUCGGACACUCCUUGCAUCGGAAUCCUCCCACUUUGCUGAUUUUCCAGCCCGCUACUAUAAAAUGUUCCCAAGUUCAUCACGCUGUACUACUAGACAAAAAUCCUCUUCAACUCCAACCUCCCCAAGUUCAAGUUCAUUCUCCUCAAGUCCUUUUGGUGAUGACACUCAACAUGUCGCUACAUAUAUGACAAUGGAUUUAAAGAUGACCUUACAACAUAAACUCGAUAUCAGACGUGCAGAGAGGAAGAUCCUGCGGACUCACGAGUACCUUGCAAAAUUACGUCUACACCGGCUCCUACUUCUAUCCGCAUUACUGAAGCAAGAAGCAUUACAAGCUGCGUCGGGUGCCACCACAACAGAGGCCCAAAUAGCGGAAAUUCGUACGGCGAUGGACGAAGCUGGAAUCAAUGCAAGCGACGUGAAGCCUGUCAAUAUAUCAGAUAUAACGUCCAUCUUCGAAGCGGCUGACGAAGAACUUUUCGGCGAAGGAGCAGGCAUUGUACUCACUAGAAUGGAGUUGGAGGACAUGAAAAGAGACAGUGAUUGGAUAAAUUCUGGACAAUACGCAUAG